AAUUCUAAAUGUUCGCAGAUCACUCUCUGUACGAGCCGACGCCGCUACAACUGGUACACAUAACCUCAAAUACAAGCUCAGACAUAACCUCAACGUCUCAAUCACGUAGUCUCGGCAACGGAAGUACGGAACAAUUCACGCUCGUCAACGCGAACAACGCGUCGCAAGUGACGGGGGGCAACCUGUCGACCGUCAUAACAGUCGUCGCGGCUUCUUCUUCUUCUUCCCUGCAAACGCUGUCCUCUUCCUCGAACACUGCCAUAAAAAUCUACAGCAGUACCACCAGCACAAGCACAACGACGACCACAACGACCACGACGACUACGACGACGGUAGCCCCAUCCACGUUGCCGGUGAUAGACAAAAACUCGACUCGCGCGGUGUACACACCCGGACACAAGGAGACCGUGGCUCACAAGUGCCCGGACUUUGGCAAAUCCAUUGAUCUCGUGGUUGUCGUGAUGUCGGCUCCAUUGCACUACAUGGCCAGAAACGCCAUCAGAUACACGUGGGGUCAUUACGGUCAGCACAGGGACAUCAGUAUAGUCUUCAUGCUGGGAAGAACCAACAACGUCAGCGUCGAGAAGGAAUUGGAUGCGGAAGUGCGCAAAUACGGUGACAUUGUUCGCGGCAACUUUGUUGACUCGUACUCGAAUUUGACCCUUAAAACGUUGUCGGCUCUCGAGUGGGUGCACACCUAUUGUUCGAAGGUGAAAUUCGUGUUGAAGACGGACGACGACAUGUUCAUCAAUUUUCCUAGGCUCGCGUUUUUCAUCAACAAGCACAAGUCGUUCAAAAAGGUGAUAUUCGGCAAAUUGGCGAAGAAAUGGGGGGUCGUGAGGAACAAGAAGAGCAAAUACUUCAUCUCGGAGACUCAGUACAAAAACAGCUCGUAUCCGAACUUUUGCACCGGUCCGGCUUACCUGAUGUCCAGCGAUGUGAUACACGACCUCUACAAGAGGGCACUGGAGGAGGGCUUUUUCAAACUCGAGGAUGUAUUCAUCACCGGAAUAGUGGCCAAUAAAUUAGGUAUUAGACGCAUUGACUCCCCAGAGUUUCUCAACAGGAAAAUCAGGUACGACGCGUGCAAGGUGCAAAAGAGCAUCAGCAUACACAUGGUGACGUACAGCGAGCAAUUUGAGCUCUGGAAGAAACUACUGGACGGCAAAUCCAAGUGCAAAUGAUGAACUCUGUAUAGGACUAAUGUUGUUUGGUGAUCGAUUUCGUGUUUGUACGAUGUAUAAUUUAAUGUGGAUUCGUUGGCUGGCUACGCUCGCUAUAAGUACUCCAUGCCAAUAAAUCGUGUAUUCGAUGAUCGCACUAACGCGGUGAAGUAAGUGUCUCGAUUUGAGGUUAUGUGUUUUCUUACGGGUGAGUCUGUGCGUUUUAAAGUGAUACUUAAGGAACCUUUUAGUAUUAAACCAAUCGAAAUUAUAAAGAGUAAUCACAAGUAUUGGAUUGAAGGAUGCGUUUGAGUCGAUUCUUACUUUGCCAGCGUUACUGUGAAAAAAGAUGAUAGUUUUAAUUACACAUUGAGAGAAAAAAGUAAUAAGAAUGAUAGAGAAAUUCCAGAAAAAAUUACCAUUCU